UCCUAUAAGGAGGUAGUCCUCACCUUUGUUUCUUACCAGCCUCCUACUUCAGAGUUUUUCACUGGAAAGAAAACCAAAGAAUCACGCACAAGCUGUUUCAAUGAGUUUCCAAACUUGAGAGAACUAAAGAGAGUGUCUUGCACUCCAUAUAUGUAGGUGUGUGCAUGUGUUUAAGCUGGAAGUGUUUGUUUUCCAUGAUGAGUCUGAAGAACAGGAGAUUCUCACUGGACAGCUCUGUUCUGGAAGGAGCUGGAGUCCUCAGCACUCGCAGAAGCAGCAACAUCAAGUUCAGUAAGAAAUCUAAUCUUGAUGAUGCCCGACUGGAGAUCCAGGAGCUAAAUCAAAGCAUCAACACUAACAUGUCCCUCAGGGAGCAGACCAUAGCAGAGGAAAACCUCGACCGAACAGAUGGGCUCAUUACAAGUAAUAGCUUCCUGAAGUACAAUAAAACUUUCCACAAACUGUUUCAAGAGAUUCCUGAAGGGGAGAACCUGACACAUACUUUCACCUGUGCCUUGCAGAAGGAGGUGCUGUAUCACGGAAAACUCUUUGUUUCAGAGAACUAUGCAUGUUUCUACUCAUCUGUGCUGCUCAAAGACACCAAGGUGUUGAUCCCCGUGUCCAGCGUCCAGGAUGUGAAGAAACAAAACUCGGCCUUGUCCAUGUUGUCAAUACAAACUGUUGAUGGAGAGAAGUACUCGUUUGUGUCUUUGAGGAACCGAGAGAUGUGUUACAAAGUCCUCGAAAGUCUCCGCUCACACACACAGGAGGAGAGUGCCAACAGCAGCCCUCGUGCCUCUUCUGGAGAGAAUGAAGCUGAUCACGAUGUGCUCUCCAGUUAUUCCAGUUUGGAGGACAGUGGAGAUCGAAAUCCGAGCAGACAGAACAGCAUUGAGCUUGACAACAAUUUUCCACAGCUGUCCAGCGAAGCUCCCACAAGAUGCGAUUCCACUCGUCUAAGCAGCUCUACAGAUGAAGACAACAGUGGUGUAUCAUGGAUUUGGGGGAUACUUGAGGGGGUUGCACCGUUCUUCUCUCUCCAAGGAACGAGCAAUCUCAGUGUCCUCUUCCACAUCUACGUGAUACUAAUGGUGUUGCUCCUGUUGGUGUCUGGGUACAUUGGGCUGAAGAUCAUCGCACUGGAGGAGCAGCUGAACUCUUUGGGAGCCCUGACUGAGAUGUCCUUACAGCACAGAGAUUAUCAAGAAACGUAGCCGGUGGCGGAGACUGCGACAAACAAAUCCUUCCAGGAACUCAUGCAGUGUGCCUCUCAAUUAAGAUCCUGCUGCACUCUGAUCCCCAGAUCUAGACAGUCUCUCAAAAAGCAUCUUAGCACUGAGACUCCAUUUGACAUAUAGUGCAGUACAUCUUUCAAGGAAAAUUCCUAUCCCCUCACAGUAUAAAUUAUACUCCCGUGUUAGUGCCAUGUUCUACAGGAUGCAGGUCAGCAAUAAGAUGCUUUUGGGAUGUUUGAACCUGGCCACACGUGGUGAACUACAUGGAUGACUGACUUUGUUGGCAGAGAGGCGCAAGGACAAUAUUUCUGUAAGUAGUCCACUAAUUCUCUGCUGACAGAUCAAAAACUGAAGGAAGGCUCCCCUGCACUGAGCCAUAUGGAGGCAGCCUGCUGGAGUCAUGUGCAUUUCCUGGCCAGUGAACAGCUGAGCUCAGCUAGCAGAGGUUGCUGGGAGUCUUGCGGCCAUCGUUUUGUUGGAUCAGACACAACCCGCAACAAUGAAACACACUGGAGUCAAUCUCAGCAAGAAGAUAAAGGAAGCACUUUGUUAUUUCCUGAUUUUGAAUAAUUUGUGUGUUAUGAAUUUGAGAGUCCAAACUGUGGAAAUGAACUGCUGGGAUCUAGUAACGAGACUGUUAGUGACAGUAGUCAGCCAGCAGAGGGCAGUCACUCCCAUUAAACUCCACUGAUGAGGCACCAAGGCAGGACUUGGUUCACUUGCACUUCAAUAAAUUCAGGCACUAAACCUUCUUCAAAAUACAAAUAGUACUUAAAUAAAUAUUGGGGAAUUUGUUACAUUCAGGAUUCAUUUUAAAAAUUUGAACAAAGGAUUUCCAUAACUUUAAACCAAUUUUCAUGAAAUGUCAUCUGUGAAUUCUGUGUACUGUAUACCUAAAAAGCAUGUAUUAUACAGUGUGUGGCAUCAAAAUACUUGACAUGAUACUUUACUGAUCGUGUCUGUUCUACCACUGCAUGGAUUUAAAAAAAUUACUGUAGGUCAUGUUUAAAACUGAUCUUCAUCAAUUCAUUAAAAUAUCUGACACUAUUUUCCGAGACUGUUCUGAAACCUUUUUUGUCUUGUAUUAUUUUUCUUUUUUUGGAAAAUGACGUUUCCAAAUUCCAUGACUUCUCCAGGUUUUCCAUGCCUGUAUGAACCCUGAAUAUUAACUGCUUUGAUUCCAGCCAAUCUUGGAGGAGAGACUUUAAAGGAUCUUUCAUGUUAUUAUCAUCCAAAACCCAAUCUUAGAGACUCAUGUUUCAACCAGAUGCUAACUGUUUAAUUUAUGUACAUAAAAACAUAUGUUUUUGUAUCACUGACUACCAGAUCUUGUGCACAAUCUUAUUAACUUAUGCACCUUACAAAAAUACAAUGAUUGUUUAAAAAUCAAUAUUAUCAGUUUCUUGUUUUUGUACAUAAGUGAUCUUUUAUUAUUUUGUUGUCCAUAAAAAGGUCAAGAUUCAGUCCCAUGUAUUAAUUUCAUUACAUCAUAUUCUCAGUUCAAAAAAAGCAACAUAAAAUUACAAAUCAUAAUACAAAGAAUAGAAUAGGUAAGUACAGUAACCAUAUAAACAGCCCACUAAUAUUGUGUA